UGUUGUACAUGAGAUGAGUUUCGAUGGUUGUCAAUUUGUAUGUACUAAACGUUCAUUGACACAAGAUCUAUCUGACAGGAGCGCAAAGUCAUGGCUACUUGUACAGAUUACGAUGAUACGUUUGACGACGAUGUGGAUGACGAGAGACGUUUGUCUUUGGAAGAAAAUGAGUGGCUGAGAAACCGAGAAGCACGUGUGAAAGAGGGAUAUGUGGAUGGUCUGACUGAAGGACAGGACCUGUUCCUUCAACAAGGCUUCAAUGAAGGCUACAGACAGGCUGCACAGCUGGCAGCUGCAAUAGCCAGGAUAAAAGGAUCUGUUUGUGCUCUAUUAUCCUUUCAUCUGGCCAAAAAUGGUACAUUGCUUUCACGGGAAGCAGAGGAGGAUUUCCAGGCGUUAUUAACACAUAUUUCAGAAGUACAGGGUCAAUAUUUAUCUGAAAGCUGCAUUACCUCAAAUCAGGGUCUAGACUCAAAGAUGGCUGAUAUAGUGUCCUUGUCAAAACGCUUGGGGCUAGUGGACACUAGGAAGAGGGAGAGUGGCAGCAAAAAUAAAAGUGUUUCAGGCGAAAAUACAAAUGCUGGAAAUGCUGCAGGAAAUAUGUAUACUGUAACAGAUGAAUCUCACAGCACAAAUGAUAAGGAAAAGUUUUCUGUGCAUGCAUCUAGAGAGGGUACAAACAAUGAUGAUGGACUAUCAGAUCUGAAAGAUGGUGGUGAAAGGGAGACUACUCGUAUUGGAAAACCAAGUUGUGAUUUUAAGUCAAACAGCCUUGAUCGUAUACAGCAAGAGUUAGAAAGACUUGUCUCUUUACAUCAAGUGCCUCGACUAAUCUAAUAAC